AAAUUAGCACAAUACAUGCAAAACCAACCAAGACGGGUUUUGAUGGUCGUAAUACGUGAAUAGGACAUCAAGGCCACAAAUUUCAUUUUGUUUACUAGAAGAAAAUAUUGAAUUUUAAAAAAUAUAUGGAAAUUUAAAAUCGGCGUAUAAUGUUUUACUGAGUUACGUCAGAGGUGUAUUAAAGGUCGCGAAUAAACUUAUACACAUCAUAAUGGACGAUUCUGAAGAUAAUAUGAGUGCUGAGGACAUUACAAAACUUGACAGCCCGACAACACUUCGGCUAAAAUCCAAAAAGAGAUCCCUUGUUGAACGAGAACUUGAAACAAAUUUGACAGCUAGAGUCACAUCCCCGGUCUCCAAUGGGGAGGGUACCAGUACAAGUAGAUACGGUAGGGCGAGACGGCUUAAAACUGAAUCUGAAUUCAGUGAUUCUAGAAAAAUCAUGCUGGAGGUAUUGAAAAGUUCAGUACCGGAAAAGUCACCUGUUAAAGUCCAAUCUCCAGUAUAUAAGAUGCAUGCAUCAAACUCACCAAUCAGUUUGGAAUCGCCAAAAAAACCACCUAUGGAACUAUAUUUGGACAGUCAAAUUGAGAACAUUUAUCAAGAGAACAUAUCAUUAAGUAGAUUUGGGUCUGAGGAGACAUUUAAACCUUCUCCUGGAAAAAAACUUCCCAAAAUAUAUAUAAGGAAAGAUUUAAUACAAAACAGAGAUCCUGAGGAGACUGUAAUGUUAAUAAAGAAUAUAUUUUCACCAACAAAAAGUGCACAGAAAUCAAGUAAUAGCCAUAUAAGUAAUAUAUUGGAAAGGUCCUCGGAGAAAUUCAACAUGAGUUCAAAGGGAAAGCAUCCUAAUGGGCAUAUUGACAAUUUGUCAGUGGUAAAAGCAUUAGAUUUUGAUAAUAAGAAGAAGAAAAAGGAAAAUAAAGAAAAGGUUUUAUCAAAAAAUGACUUGUUUGAGUUAGAGGCUAAAUGUUUGUACCAAGUUGGGGACCUUGCAUGGGCCCGUAUGGGAACAUACCCAUUUUGGCCAUGUAUAGUUACUCGAGACCCUUCUAAUGGUAUAUUUGUUAAAAAGAAGUUGUUUGGACGCAUUGAGAGAGAUAUAAUACAUGUAACAUUUUUCGGCGAUAACGGACGUCGCGGCUGGAUCGUAGACAAUAUGCUAAAGAAAUUCAUGGGACUCGCUGAGUUUGAAUCUGCAAGAGAAAAGUUUACUCCAGAGGAUAAGAAAAGAGAUCCGAGACUGUAUGCUGCAUUUUUCAUAUCUGAAAAGAAACAAUCAUUAUGGAACAUGUCUGUGCAUGAAGCAGAAACUUUAUUCAAAGAGCCAAAGCGAUUAAGGAUUGAUAUACUCAAUGACAUGCUAGAAAAAGCCAGAUCUCAAAAAACUACACCAAAAACUCAAAAAAGUGGUAAAAUUACUAGAACUGACAGUGACGUCUCUUUAAGCGAGAGCCUUUACGACACUUUGUUUUCAGAAGAUGACGGUAAAACUGACGACAGUGAUAGGUCUCGAAAUAAAAUGAGAAACAAAUCGCUAGAUGUGUCUGAAGUAGUAACAGCGUGUCUCGACAAUAUGGCUGCCAAAACCGGUAUAACUAAAAUUCAGAGACAGUCCCAUAUGGAUAGAUGGCUACAGAAAGCGAAAUCUAAAACUCCAGAAAAAACUUACACGAAGCCUUCCAUUUCUAUGAGAGACAAUAAAAGUAUGAGUAAACAAGAGAACAGUAAAAGAAGAAAACUGUCUUCCAAAGAUUUCUCAAAGCAUUACAGUCUGAGAAGAUCUACAUAUGAAUCUCAAAACUUAUUACCGUUCCAAAAUGAACAUGAUUAUAGCAAGUUUGUGCCAAAUGAUGUGGGCGUUGAUGUAAAUAACUCUAUAGUAAAUGAAAAUGAUGUAAAUGAUACUAACAUAGUUUCAGCAAAACUUGAAUCCCUAGAAGACGACAAAGAAAAAAAACAUAUUGAUGUAAAAUAUGAAGAUGAUAUUUUAGAAACAGGCUCUGUAAUUGCUAAUGAAAUUGUACUUGGCAGUGAAAGAAAUUCUAUAACAGACUCUGAAAUAGACAAUGCAUCCUUAAAUGAAACAAUUAACGCUCCAUUUAGUGAAAUUACUAACAUGGAUGUAGAUUCUACUUCAGAUACUCAAGAUAGUUGUUUCUCCACAGAAAAGAGUACUGAAACAGAGACUUCUGAUAUUGAUUCUCAAAGUCAAACUGAUUCUUCAGUUGUAUACAACAGCACGGCGGAAAAAAACGAUAAAAAUAGUAAUGGUUGUUUUAGUACUAGUUCUGAUGACAGCAUAAUGAGUCUUCAAUCAUGCAAUAUAGAUCAAUUACAAUCAGGUGAAAAACAUGUUGAUCAUAAUAAAGAUUUUAAUUAUACUGACGACAGUAUUGAUAGUACAUAUACUGACAUUUCAAAUAAAGUAGAUAUUGACAUGAUGAAUAUGAAUGGAAAUCAAGGAAGUGGAAAGAAAGAAUCAAUACAUAGUUUAAGUUUACAACUGGGUACUGAAUUCAAUUUAGGUUCUACCAUACAUUCAAAUAAUAUGGAAAAUUCCAUUUCUGAACUGAGCAUUGACGAGGAUGAUAUUAAAGAAAUGACGCACACUUCUAAUAACAGCGAAAGAGACCACGAUGAAAAAUCUAUUAAAGACAGUAUCGAGAAAGACACAAGUACGAAUGAUACUUUUAUAACUGUGGCUGAAUUAGAAGACUCGAUUCAAAAUGGCGUAGUCGGUGAAAGUUUGAUGAUAGAAGCACAUAAAAUUACUACUUCUGAUAAUAAUGAUGUAAGUUUUCAAAGUUAUAUUAAUUUUAAUAAAUCUUUUCAUGAAGAUGGAAACAAAGCAAAGGAAAACAUAUUAAUUUCCGAAGACAGCCAGUCAGAUCAAGAAAGCACAGUAAAUACUUCCUCUGAUAAUGAUACAGUUGCAGAAUUUCCUAAUAAAAAUGAAGAUUCUGUUUCAGAUUUAAUCAAUCAAAAUGACCAUGAAGUUUAUACCACUUUGGAAGAUAAGAAUGGCGUUAACAAUGCAAUAAGUAAUAAAUCAGAGGUCUCCAUUGAUAUUAGUAAAAGUUCUUUAGAAAAGCAACAUAUUAUAGAUAAUUAUGAUGUAAAUUUAAGUAAUUUGAAUAUUAAAAGUAGUCAUCUUAAUGACAAUUUAAGUGAAAUAGAUGCCAAUAGUAAUGAAGAGCAUCUUGCCAAUAAAAUUACUACAAUCUCCAACCAUAUUAAUGAAAAUGGAUAUCACGAAUCUGAUUCUGAUUUUAAGGAUGGGGAUUUUGAUACUGCGUCGGUUAGUUCAGAAGAUAGCCUAACAUUAGUUAGUAAAACCAGACACAGACUGCAAUUGAAACGUAAUAAAGAAUCAAAAGCUCACAAAUUCGAGGAUCCAGAAUUUAUUAAAUACUUGGAAACCAGCCGUGAUGCUUUAAUCGAUGAGCAUCCAGAACUUAGUUAUGAUGAAAUUGUUGCUUAUUUACAUAAAAGUUGGUUAUAUGAACAGAGUACAAAAACAGAUCUAAAGAAGUCUGAUAAUAUAGAUCAUUCAAAUUUUGUCAAAGGUCUGGACGAGCCUGUAAGAAAGAAAAGUUCUAAUCGUAAAACUAAAAAACCUCUUGAAAGAUAUAAAGGUAUGGAUAGUUAUGAAAGAAAACGACAUUCAGAAAGAAUUGUUUCAAUUAAUAGUGAGAUAUUUCAUGAAAUUACUUCUAACAUGCCUGUAGUUGUAAUAGAGAACCAAAUUUCAGAGGAAAAAACUACGAAAGAAGUACCCCCAAUCAAUAUUGACAAUAUAGUAGUGAAUAAUAACGAAGUGGAAAUUCCACAAUCAGUUACUAUUUUAAAUAAUGAUAAUAUUUCAAUGGGGAUUGACACGGUUGCGAAUAUGGAAAAUAGUUCAACAGAAUUAGAAAAAAGCGACAGUACUUCAAACACAUUAGCAUUAGAGCACAGCAUGCCUUUUCUAUCGGAACCUGUAAGCGAUACCAAAGGUAUUGAAGAAGAAAAGAGCAUAGAGUCAACCAUGAAAAAAGAACUUGAUAUUGAUACAGCCUCAAUGGAUUCUGAGGCAAGUGAUAUACCUUUAAUACAUAGUAAACUACUACUGAAAGAAAAACCUGAAAGCAUUAAAGAUAAUAACGUGGAUAUUGACCAAGACGACGUUGAAGCUGACAAUGCGUCUGUCAGUUCUGAAGACAGUGAUAUGGUUCUAUCAAAACGAAAACAAAAAUUUAUUAAGUAUUUAGAAUUAAGACAAGAUGCAUUAAUAGAGGAAAACCCUCAGUUGACUCAGGAUGAAAUUACCAGUUACUUAUUUAAGACUUGGCUUUAUGAAGAGAAUGUUAAGCAUGAAUUAAAAAAGACUGAUGAAAUAGAACAGUUGGGUUUAGUUAAAGGUUUACAAGAUGACAGAUUAGUAAUCGCACCACCUAAAAGGGUAAAGAAAAAAAAAGUUCCUAGAGAUAUUACUGAUUUUUUCGACGUAGUUCCGAAAAAUAAACCUCAGAGAAGUACUGUAAAACAAUACUACAACGAAGAUUAUUUUGAUAUAGAGGCUGAAAUAGAAAGUUUUGAGAUAACAAAAGAUAAACAGGAGAUAAAAAGCGAAAUUGUUGAUAGCCCAAAUAGUGAAGCGCAAAAACCAAUGGCUGUGUGUACUAAUGAAGGCGUGGAAUAUGUAGAUCAAACUUUUGAGGACAAUGUUGAUGAAGUUGAAUUGUAUUUCUCUGAAUUAACAACAGUUAAACCGAAUAUUUUUAAAGGUUUAGUCAGAGAAAAAGUGUGCGAUAUUUGCGAGAGAACGGGCAACUUGGUCAAAUGCAAAAGUUGUUAUGGUAUGUUUCAUGUUGACUGUGUUAAAAAACAAACUGAAGUUAUCGAUGUUCCUGUGCCUUCUAGAGGUCGAAAGAAAAAGAAGAAAGCUGGUAGGCGGCCUAAAGGUUUAGAGGAUACAGAUAAUCAUAGUGAUGAUAAAAUCCAGGAUCUUUCUGAAGAAAACAUUGAUGAUUUUGAGCCUGAAUCUCGUACAGUGGAUGCUGAUGUAUUAGAAGCUCAGUUAUCCAUUAAAAUGAAGGAAAUGUUAGACAACCUGGAACCUCCAGAAAACUAUUCCUACUCCAGUGAUGAAGAAGUGGAUUGGCGUGAUACAGUGCCUGGCAAAUGUGAAAUAGUUGAUGUAAAGCUAAAGUUAAGGACCACAGAAGUGUUAGACUUUUCAGAUUUCAAAUGUAAUAAUUGCCAAAAGUACGACGUUCCGGUAUGUUUCGUUUGUAAGUCUGCCGUUUCCAAAAAGUCCAUAAUGCGCCAGCGGUGUCAUGUGGCUCACUGUCAUAAGUUCUAUCAUUUAGAUUGUUUGGAACAUUGGCCUCAGACACAAUUUAAUGCUGGAGAGCCUUCUAGAAAUAACAAGAAGAUCAGUGAACACUUUGAAGCAUUGACUUGUCCAAGGCAUGUUUGUCACACUUGUGUGUCAGAUGAUCCAAGAGGAUGCAAGACAAGGUUUAGUGGUGACAAAUUAGCCAAAUGCGUGAGAUGCCCUGCCACAUACCAUUCGUUUACGAAAUGCAUACCAGCUGGAACGCAAAUAUUGACUGCGUCGCACAUUAUCUGCCCGAGGCACUACGAGCAUAGGCCGGGCAAAGUGCCGUGUCACGUGAAUACAGGGUGGUGUUUCAUUUGCGCUCUCGGAGGGUCCCUAAUCUGCUGCGAGUACUGUCCCACUUCCUUCCACGCGGAGUGCCUUAACAUCGAUCCACCAGAAGGUGGCUACAUGUGCGAAGACUGUGAGACUGGCCGUUUGCCCUUGUAUGGAGAAAUGGUGUGGGUGAAAUUAGGACAUUACAGAUGGUGGCCAGGUAUAAUUUUGCAUCCAUCAGAGAUACCUCUAAACAUUUUGGCCGUAAAACACAGGCUAGGAGAGUUUGUGGUGCGAUUCUUCGGCCAGUACGAUCAUUAUUGGGUUAAUAGAGGGCGCGUGUUUCCUUUUCAAGAAGGUGAUUCAGGCCGUAUAUCCAGUCAAAAGUCUAAAAUAGACGCGGCCUUCACCAUGGCAAUGGAACACGCGCAGAGGGCGUGUGAAAUAUUGAAAAGUGCAGAGCCCAAUGAAGAAGAAUCAUUAGACAUAGCUUCCUCCCUUCUCCCCCCUCACUAUGUCAAACUGAAGGUGAACAAGCCUUGUGGCUCCCUCUGUGGGCGCAAACUGGACGACCCUGAACUGUCGCUCACCCAGUGCGAGUGCAAUCCCGACGAGGACGACCCGUGCGGACUCUACUCGCAGUGUCUCAAUAGAAUGCUCUUGACCGAAUGUGGCCCAACAUGCAGAGCUGGCGACCGGUGCAAUAACAGGGCGUUCGAGAAACGAUUGUACCCAAAACUAGUGCCUUACAGAACCCCUCACAGAGGAUGGGGUCUCAAAACUUUGGAGGAUAUUAAAUCUGGUCAAUUCGUGAUAGAAUACGUAGGCGAGCUGAUAGACGAGGAGGAAUUCAAACGGCGCAUGCGCAGGAAACACGAGAUACGCGACGAAAAUUUCUACUUCCUCACGCUAGACAAGGAGAGAAUGAUUGAUGCCGGCCCUAAAGGAAAUUUGGCCAGGUUUAUGAAUCACUGUUGCGAGCCGAACUGUGAGACGCAAAAGUGGACUGUCCUCGGCGAUGUUCGCGUGGGUCUAUUUGCAAUCAACGACAUACCGGCUAAUACAGAAGUAACGUUUAAUUACAACCUUGAAUGUGCGGGCAUUGAAAAGAAGCGAUGUUUGUGCGGCGCCAAGAGGUGUUCUGGUUACAUCGGAGCCAAGCCUAAGCAGGAUGAAUCUCAAACGAAAAAGGGCAAAGUACCAGCAAAAAGAACGUACAAAAAACACAAGCCGGAAACACCGCCUUCAGCUACAAAACCUAAACCUAAAAGACCUCUAGGACGUCCGCCAAAGCCUAAAGAACUAAGUGAGAUCGAAAAAGACUUGUUAAUUAUAAGAAACGCUACCAACGGUCUAUCGAGUGACGAGUCGUGUCGAAGCCUAAGUUCUGAAGGCGAUCGAAAUCCCAAGGCUUUGAAAAGGAAACGGGUAAGUUUCUCUACAGAAGAAAUUAUCCUCUAUAAUGGUUCCGAAUCGCCUAGUUUAAAAAGGCAAAAAUUCUGCGAAAAAGAUGUGGGUGACUGAACUAGAUUUGGAGAUUAGAUAGAUAUUUGUUCGAUUAUCGACGCUGUUGACUUUACUUUGUCGAUGUUUUAGCAGCCUUUUUAUAAGAUAAUGUCGAUUAAAUGAACAGGGCGUAUUUACUAAAGAUUUAUUCAGUUAUAGUGAAAUAAAUGCCUUGAAAUAUGUUAUGGUAUAAUAUGAAGAUUAUAUUCAGAUUAUUUAGGCGUGAAGUCUAUACUUAUUAUGCUGCGCUGUAUUUCUAAAUCGUCUCUUCAUUAAAAUCAAAUAAAACUUUCUAUUGAUAGCAAUACAUAAAUAACGGACCAAAUGUAAAUAGAAAUGAAGUCUACGUAAAUUUUAAAAAAUAUGUAGAAAUUAUGUUACUCAAUCGGAGAAAAGUAUAUCGAUAAUUUAGACAAAUAUCUAUCGAUAUCGACAAUUGUCACGGCCGCAUCACUGUAAAUGUUAGAUUAGAUCGGCUAGUGAUAGUCUUUUAGUUCUAUAUCUUUUAUGUACAAAUACAUGUCCUCAUUUACUUUAUGGAUAGAAAAGAUGUGUUCAACCAAAUCAGCACAAGUGUUCAUCGACUUUUGUUUGAAUUGUGACGGAAUUAAUUCUGAGUAUGUCUAAGAACUAACAAGUUUCUAAUGUUAUUAUGUUUGAACCUGCCUUACUUUGUGUUGUCACUUUUAAUAUCACAUAUUAAUUUCGACAUCAGAAUUAAUUCCUAUGUGUGAAAUGUUUGAUUAUGCCACCCUUUUAAAUGUAUUCAAUUUAUUGAGCAGUUAGGACAAAAAAUAUGUUUUAAAAUGGUACAGCACACUAUUGUUUAUAAUCGAUGCUUAAUAUCGAUAUUCUGAUUAUAUUUCCACUAUUGCAUAACUGGUAUCCAGUAUGCAGAUAUCGGGGUCUAGAAAAAGGGGUGUAAAAUUGUAUAUCGUAUUGGUCUUGGCAUGCUCGUAUUUUUUUUUCACAAACACGAUUGCCUGUUAUCCCACUAUUGUUAAAUAAUCGAUAUUAAGAAAUAAUUAACAACUGAAAUCAUUUAAUUAGUCAGUCAAAACCGAUACGAUGAAGCCUUCAAUGUUGUGUAGCUCUUCCAAUGUAUAAAAAGAUAAUAGUAUAUGUAGUUAAUUAUGGUAAAUCGAUAGAUUAAUAAUCGCAUUUUUUCACUAGAUCUGGUUAACGGGGGAGAUAGGUUAUGUACGUACAAAAUUUAUCGUGUGUUUAAUAUAUUUGGCAGCACGAUUAAGUAGUAUUUUAUAUUUAAUCGAUAUUGUAAAUUUACAAAUUGUUUUUGUUUAUAAACGAAUCAGGACAGAAAGUCAAUAAACAUGAAUUAUAUCUAUCCUGAUUCUGAAUCAGUUUAGAGCUAGUGGAAUCGUGCCUACAGAGCGAGUCUCCCUGACACUAAGUGCGUUAUUUUGUUAAUAUACUGUAAAAUAGACGUAUUGGGGCUGACUCGCGUGUUUAUAUGCUUUCACUCGAAAUAAAUAUGCAUUUAUGUAC